AUGAUUCAGCCAGGCAUGAUUCAACCAGGCAUGAGUCAGCCAAGCUUGAUUCAGCAAGCCAUGAUUCGGGGAGGCAUGAUUCGGGCAAGCAUGAUUCAACCAGGCACGAUUCGGCAAGGCAUGAUUAAGUCAGGCAUGAUUCAGCCAGGCAUUAUUCAGCCAUGCAUGAUUCAAUUAGGCAUAAAUCAGCCGGGCAUAAUUCAGCCAGGCAUGAUUCAGGCAGGCAUGAUUCAGCAAGGCAUGAUUCAGCCAGGCAUAAUUCAGCCUGGAAUGAUGCACCAAGGCAUUAUUCAGCAAGACAUUAUUCAGGCAGCCAUGAUUCAGCCAGGCAUGAUUCAUCCAGGCAUGAUUCAGCCAGGCAUGAUUCAGCCAGGCAUGAUUCAUCCUGGCGUGAUUCAGCAUUGCGUGAUUCGGGGAGGCAUGAUUCAGCCAGGCAUGAUUCAACCAGGCAUGAUUCAGCCAGGCUUGAUUCAGCAAGCCAUGAUUCGGGGAGGCAUGAUUCGGGCAAGCAUGAUUCAACCAGGCACGAUUCGGCAAGGCAUGAUUCAGUCAGGCAUGAUUCAGCCAGGCAUUAUUCAGCCAUGCAUGAUUCAAUUAGGCAUAAAUCAGCCGGGCAUAAUUCAGCCAGGCAUGAUUCAGGCAGGCAUGAUUCAGCCAGGCAUAAUUCAGCCUGGAAUGAUGCACCAAGGCAUUAUUCAGCAAGACAUUAUUCAGGCAGCCAUGAUUCAGCCAGGCAUGAUUCAUCCAGGCAUGAUUCAGCCAGGCAUGAUUCAUCCUGGCGUGAUUAAGCAUGGCGUGAUUCAGGGUGGCAUGAUUCAGCCAGGCAUGAUUCAACCAGGCAUGAUUCAGCCAGGCUUGAUUCAGCAAGCUUUGAUUCAUCCAGGCAUGAUUCAGCCAGGCAUGAUUCAACCAGGCAUGAUUCAGCCAGGCAUGAUUCAGCCUGGCAUGAUUCAGCCAGGCAUGAUUCAGCCAGGCAUGAUUCAGCCAGGCAUGAUUCAACCAGGCAUGAUUCAGCCAGGCAUGAUUCAGCCUGGCAUGAUUCAGCCAGGCAUGAUUCAGCCAGGCAUGAUUCAGCCUGGCAUGAUUCAGCCAGGCAUGAUUCAGCCUGGCAUGAUUCAGCCAGGCAUGAUUCAGCCAGGCAUGAUUCAGCCAGGCAUGAUUCAACCAGGCAUGAUUCAGCCAGGCAUGAUUCAGCCUGGCAUGAUUCAGCCAGGCAUGAUUCAGCCAGGCAUGAUUCAGCCUGGCAUGAUUCAGCCUGGCAUGAUUCAGCCAGGCAUGAUUCAGCCAGGCAUGAUUCAGCCAUGGAGGCAUGAUUCAGCGAGUGGGUGGACUUGA